AUGGUUCUGGAAUUAAACGCAUCAGAUGAUCGAGGUAUCAAUGGUAUAAAGGAAAAAUUAAAACGUAUGCAAGUAUGCAAAGAAUGUUCAGCUGACUCAAUGACGAAUUCAGCCCAAGACACGUUAAGACGAAGUAAUUGA